GAUUCCAUGCCACCUGCUCGUCUCUCGUCUCCGUCCCCUCCUCAUUUCGCGCUGGCCUGCGUGCCUGCCCGGCGUGCCUGUCCUGUCCUGCCAGCCAGCCAGCCCGCUCGCUGCCCACUACGCCCGCUUGCUUUUUUUCUCCCUUGCACACCACCCACCAAUGCACCCUUGUCGCUCACUACUGGAUGCGGCGCGGGGUGGUGGUAA